UUGAGAGAGGCGCGCUUGGAGAGCAGGAGCGCAGUUGUACACCGUUCACCGCCUUGUGCGCAACACAGACCAGGAAUCUUUUAUAAACGAGAAAUAUAUCAAACACUCAGAUCAUCCCUCUUUCCCGCUACAUUUGCCAGUCAUUGAAGGACCCCAAAGGAACGCCGUCACUGUUGCAUCUAAGAGUCUACUUGGACAGAGGACCGUGCGGCUGAAAGUUCCUCGUUUCGGCCGCUGGAGAUUCUGUGCAAAUCCGGAGCAACAUGACAGCCGAGAAGAGCGGACCGGUUAUAAAUGGUAAACCAGAGGAUGGCAGGGACACGGAUGACUCAAGUUCCAGCCUAGACAACAGGGAGUACUACGAGAGGGGCCAGUGGAACAACAAGAUCGAGUUUGUCCUGUCCGUGGCUGGAGAGAUUAUUGGGCUGGGCAAUGUCUGGAGGUUUCCCUACCUCUGCUACAAGAAUGGAGGAGGUGCCUUCUUUGUUCCAUACGUCAUCUUCUUUGUAUGCUGUGGUAUCCCCGUAUUUUUCCUGGAGACUGCCCUUGGUCAGUUCACCAGUGAGGGAGGCAUCACAUGCUGGAGGAAAGUCUGCCCCCUGUUUGAGGGCAUUGGCUAUGCAACCCAGGUGAUUGAAGCUCAUCUAAACGUAUACUAUGUAGUUAUCCUUGCCUGGGCCAUCUUCUACCUCUUUAACUGCUUCACCACUGAGCUCCCAUGGGCUGGCUGUGGCCAUUACUGGAAUACUGAGAACUGCGUUGACUACUAUGGAGAAAACGCCACCAACAUUACUAACCCCAAUGCAACCUCCCCUGUUAUUGAAUUCUGGGAACGGAGGGUCCUGAAGAUAUCUGAUGGCAUUGAACACGUAGGGGGCAUGCGCUGGGAGCUUGCCAUGUGCCUGGCACUGGCCUGGUUUAUCUGCUACUUCUGCAUCUGGAAGGGACCCAAGUCAACUGGCAAGGUUGUGUAUGUGACUGCCACUUUUCCUUACUUCAUGUUGCUAAUUCUGCUGAUCAGAGGAGUAACGCUGCCAGGAGCGUUCGACGGCAUCAAGUUUUACCUCUACCCGGACAUCUCCCGACUUUCUGAUCCUCAGGUUUGGGUGGAUGCAGGAACACAAAUCUUUUUCUCUUAUGCCAUCUGCCUGGGCUGCCUUACUGCGCUUGGUAGUUAUAACGCCUACAACAAUAACUGCUACAGGGACUGCAUCAUGCUGUGCUGUCUAAACAGCGGCACAAGCUUUGUAGCAGGUUUUGCUAUUUUCUCCGUGCUGGGAUUCAUGGCGUACGAACAGAACGUGCCCAUUGAGGCCGUAGCAGAAUCUGGUCCUGGCCUUGCCUUCAUUGCAUACCCAAAAGCUGUGACCAUGAUGCCUCUGUCUCCACUUUGGGCCUGUCUAUUCUUUAUGAUGCUGAUCUUUCUUGGACUGGACAGUCAAUUUGUGUGUGUGGAAAGCCUGGUGACGGCUGUGGUGGAUAUGUACCCAGAGACGUUCAGGAGAGGCUACCGCAGAGAACUGCUGAUUCUUGGCAUGUCUAUUGCUUCUUUCCUUAUCGGACUCAUCAUGUGUACAGAGGGAGGGAUGUACGUCUUCCAGCUGUUUGAUUCGUACGCUGCCAGUGGGAUGUGCUUGCUCUUUGUGGCCAUCUUUGAGUCCAUAUGUAUCGGAUGGGUUUAUGGCAGCGACAGAUUCUACCGAAACAUUGAGGACAUGAUUGGCUACAAACCUGUUUUCUUCAUCAAAUGGUGCUGGAUGAUCUUGACCCCAGGCAUCUGUGCUGGUAUUUUCCUGUUCUUCUUGAUCAAAUACAAACCACUCAAGUACAACAAUGUGUACAUCUAUCCUGACUGGGGUUACGGCAUCGGCUGGUUCAUGGCGAUGUCCUCUAUGGUGUGUAUCCCUCUGGGAAUGAUCUGGAUGAUCUGGAAGACUCCCGGCACUUUCUCUGAGAGAAUGAAGAAGUUGACAACGCCCAGCCCGGACCUGAAAAUGCGAGGCAAGCUCGCCGCUCUCAGUCCGUAUGCCGCCAACGACGCCAUGCUAAAGGCUGAUGGGAAAAUAUCCACUGUCUCAGAGAAGGAAACACAUUUCUAACUGACUUGACGCAAAUAAGUCCAACCCUUAAAAAAUGACAGCCAUUACUGAAAUGUGAAAAAAUUCAAAGGCUUAUUUUGAUUUUGUAUAAAAAGAAGAAAAAAAACAGGAAAAUGGAUCACCAGAUAUUUAGUCUGCUUUUGUUUUGCACAAACUUUGAUAACACAUUCUUUUGGUUGCUUUAACCUCGUCACUAAAGCCGAUGCUUUCUUUGCUAACCAUUUAAUAGUUAAAAGGUGGUUUUGAUGACAUGUUUAUAUUGCCAAUAGUUUCCAACAUCUCUGUCUGUGCCUUGAGGACAAUACUAUUGUGUUGUAAAAGGCUUACAAUGUACACUCUAUUUUUAUUAAAGAGACUGUGCCUCAUAUUCAGUACGAGGUGCCCACGUGUCUGCAAUGUAGCAGUUUAGGAGGAUAUUGCCUAUGUCUUAGUAUUUAGAGACUAUAGGAGGGCAUUGAAAGCACUAAAAUAAGGCGUAAAAUGCAAUAUUCUGUUCCAAUGACGUCUAAUAUCUAGGCAAAACAUUUUAAAAAAGAUACAGUAACCAAAAUAUAUUCAUUGUUGAUUUCACUUUGUACAAUAUGUGCUUGUGUUUAAAAUAAAAUACACACGUGAAAUGA